UGGUGCGGCAUCAUUCAGUGCGGCAUCAUUCGACUGUCAUGCAGAAAAUUGGCAACCGUGAGAAAGAGUAAGGGAGGUUGCUGUGGUUAUUGAGGGAAAAGACGGAACCUUCAGGCCAGGCGCACCCCUCAAGUCUCUGUGUGCAGGUCAAGUCAGGCAGCCUCUCGACAGGCAUAUCACAUUGAUCGGAUAGCACGAUAUUAUUAUACACGAAUGUUGUGAGACUUACGAUCGACCAACUGUCGGCUUGAGCGAGGAUAGUCAACUCUAACGGACGAUCGGGCAGUACAAAGGGCAUGGACGACUUCGCGACGGGUCCACCCCAGGCCCCGGUGAAGAGGACAAGAACAUGAGCGAGGGGCGCAGCUCAAUAGAGAGCGCAACCAUGCCUGACGGCGCGCAGGCGGCCAGCUUGGGAGGUGCAGCCGCCGCAGACCCUCUCCAUGGCGGGCCCGGCACCGGGGUGCUGGCCAUGGGGCUGCCCGCCAUUCCCCCCACGCUGGACAUCUUCUAUGGGGCUGCAGAGGACAGGAGCUCGCGCGACUACAUGCAGGACCGGCACACGAUAGUGAGCGAGCUGCUGCCGGACUCCAGCGAACCCUGGGCUGCCAGCCUGGCGUCCAUCGAGCCUCGAAGCUUUGCGGCGGUCUAUGACGGCCACAAGCGCAGCGAGUCAGCAGAGACGGCGCGCCAUCGGCUGCAUGCCCUCCUGGCCAAGGAGCCGGCGGUGUUUGGGAUGCAGGGGCAGAGCGCGCGGGACGAGGUGUUUGGCGCGAUCAAGAGGGCGUUCCUGACGCUGGACGAUGAGAUCCUGACACAAGCGCACGAAAGCGGUUGCGCUGACUGCCAAUUUGGCGGCACCACCGCCCUCAUGGCCCUGCGCAUCGGCCAUGUGCUGUAUCUGGCUCACGUGGGGGACAGCGGGGCGGUGAUGGUGUGCACGGCGUACGACCUGCACUUCCCGCUGCGGCUGACCACGGACCACAAGCCCAACCGGCCGGACGAGCAUGCGCGCAUCGCCGGGGCCGGGGGCGCCAUCGACGAGCGCCACAACCGCGUCGUGUCCGAGCCCAAGCCCCACAACGGCCGCGUCACCCUCCUCUCCAUGUCCCGGUGUCUGGGGGACGCGCCCUUCAAGGCAGAUGGGAAGGAGGUGGUGGACUGCACGCCCGAGAUGCGGCGCAUUGAGUUGCAGCCGGGCGACUCAGCGGUCGUGCUCGCUACGGAUGGCCUCUGGGAUGUCAUGUCCGACACCGACGUCGUCAGCAUUGUCACAAAGGUGCGCGGGGAGCUGGGGACAAUCGAUGACGGGGCGGCCGCACGCGUGGCGCAGGCGCUGGUGGAUGAGUCACUGCGCAAGGGAACGCGCGACAACAUCACCGCUCUUGUGCUGCUCAACACCUGGUCCUAG